CGCAUGACCAUAACAAUGGCACCGUAGCCGAGCCGAGCCAGGGCUGGUCGAGAUUCCGCCGCGGCGGAUCCGUGGUCACUAUUGGACGCUGCCAAUAAACCAUGGCAGACAGUGGCGAUGCGCAGAAUUUAUGUCAAGAAGACUUGCUUCAAGCUCAUAGAAAAGAAAGGAAAGACCUGCAAGGGGCGUGGGAACCACUCGAAUACCACCUGACACCUGAGCAGUUCGAAUGUUGCUUUCACAAACUGCAGAGGGUUCCCUACACCUUGAACAACAUCCCUUUCCCACAUCUACGCGAGUUCCUUUCAAGUUCGUCCCUGAAGUAUGGGAUUGGGGAAGACGCCAUCUUGCUUUCACUCCUUACAUGUACUGCGCACUUCAUGGGCGUAUCUGCGUCCAGACUGCAACUAACUGAAUCCUGGUCUGAGUAUCCCGUGCUGUGGUCCACCGUGCUUUUGCCCCAAGUGCUGUCCUGUCACAGCUUUGCUUCUACACUACAGACAAUCCUCAUUGAGGUACACCAGGAGCUGUCAAGCCGGCAUCCCAGCAUGUCGCCGACUGUUCUCGACUUCUUCACUGAAGCCGACCUCUUCCCGCUGCUAGAAGCGCAGAGCAGUCCCGCGAUCGGUGUCCAUUCCACAUUUCGCCUUGUGCGAGCCUUGCUUGACGAGAUAGGUGACGUUAAACUCCGAAAGAUUGCAUCGGGCGAGCCCAUACUGUAUGUCUCAGAAAUGCGACACGUGUUCCUUAAUCCAGCCCAGUUCAACAUUUGUUCCGUCAUAGAACCAUGGGAUUUUCACGAGACCUUCAAUGAUCUCUCUCAGUCCCAAAAGUUCAACGAAUGGUUCUGGCCGUGCGGCCUUCUGGGAUGCUCAUCCGAGAAAUACGUUGAGAUGUGCGUCACGGAAGAUGUGAACGAACGUAGUCACUUCAAGGAACUCAUGCUUGCGGUUGCCGAGACGCAUUUACGGGUGCCAAUCGUUUACAGAUUGACGAGUGAAGCAAGAGCAAUUCUUCCCCAUUUAACAUCGACACUGAGGCAGCUAGCUCUAUCGUGGAAUAUGCGCCUACCAUUAUUCAAAACCGCACUCAGCCAAAUACUUCGAACUGCAACUAUACUAAAUGUGCUUGACUCAUUGCUUCGUUCUUCAGCAAUCAGCCGGGAGGUUUCUGUAGCCUAUCUGUGGCAGGCGCAUGAAGUCGUCAUGCAUUCCCUGAGGAUGAAAGCGGAGCUCUUAAAUCAUCCCAUUGCUGAUGAGACCUUAAGGCAGGGAACAAACGGUGGUCCAUACGACUUCACAUCUCAUAGGACAUCAGUGUCGACACCGGAGCAAACUGUGGCAGUAUUGAGAGCGUCGCUUCCACACGACCUUUCGGUCUCGGUAGUGCAGGCAAUGAACAGGGAGGACGAGGUUAAUCACUCCAUGAUGGUGGCAGCACCCCCAGAGUUUGUUGAGAACUGCCCUCCCACGUUCUCGAUCCUACCGGAAUCGGACGAAGAGUUCAUCAACCAGUUCCGCUACAAGAUACGGAGAUUGCUGCUCUGUGGGAAGUCCAUUUUAACGCCGACUCUCAUCUCCCAGAUGAAGUACAUUCCCGUGGCCGAUCCGAGUGUGCCAGGAAAGCCAAGGUACCCGACACACGUGGCAGCAAUGUUCCUAGAACGGGUGGCUGCAUUAGGCUUCGGCAUGAUGAUUGCGCCAAGUGACAGUCACUCAAAGAGAUUGGUCUUUCACAAGGUGGAAUAUCACAACUUGGGGCCUCAGCAAUUGGACCUACUGCAAAAUUUGCGCAUCACACGGGAACAGUAUUCUCAAGGUUGCCAGCGCAUGAGAGCUGCCCCUUACACAGUGGAAGUAAAAGGAGCGAACGUGCCAACAGCCUGCGUUGCAAUACCACUCAUAGAGAAGCAGGACGAUGUGAUUGAUGUUAGUUAGAAGCGCCAGUGGCAGUUUCUUUUUUUGUGUGUGUGUGUGUGUAUGUGUGUGUGAUAACUCGUUUGAACUGUGCUUAGAAAGUGUGCCUUAUACAGUAUAUGUGUACCAAAGUAUACCUACCUCUUCGAACUCUCUAUGAGUGUGUGGUAUAUAGGCGACUUUAUAUGAAUUGUGAGUGAUUUGGUUUGUCCAGCAAACUUUCCUUUGCGGUCUUCUGUUAUGGUGGAACUUUUUACUUGUCCGACAACACUGUUGGUUUGUGUAGCAACUUCAGGAGUGUGACAAGGACUGCUUCAUAUAGCGAGUGUUCAGGCUCUAUUUUAUCGAAUUGCAGUUAAUAUCCAUAUCAUCACUAACAAAUGGUAGUGUGUCGUUUUAAUAUGAUCUGAUGCAGCAUGGAGUUGCGUGAAUGAGUGAUGGCUUUUGCAUAUCCCCCAUGUCAAGCUUGGAUGUGUGUGCAUUUGUACGCCUACUCACUGCUAAGCGGGUCGAAACAAUGGCAGAUGCCGUGUUAGUCUGUGGUAUUUUUACUCAUUUUUCAGUAUUAUACUGUUUAGUCGACUACUCCUUCUAGUAGUUGAUCUGUGAUGAGCUGUUUGUUUAGUACCUUGAACCUCUGCCAUUGUAAAGAAACCUGAAACACUGAGCCAAGCAUGACACCUAGGCACAGUCUGCCAGUGCAUUGGUUUGGCUAUUGUUAAUAUGCUUGCUGCUGUAUGAGCUGUAUCAUCUAGCGAAUGCAUGUCGACAGUACAACUUUAUAGUUCCUAAACGUUUCGUGUGAGACAGUGUUGGCUUUUCUUUCGCGCUUCCGCUUUUGUUGUUUUACCGGUCAUGCUUUUGUGGGAAGCAACACAGAGACCACUCAUCUUUCUUUAUGUUGUUUCACCUGUAACUGCCUUCAUUCAGUUUAAGCCCAGAUUUCUUGCGUUUCCUAUACUUUCACUAUCUCGUAGACACUUACAGUGUGGCAAGCAUGACUUGUACGGUGUACUGUGCAGUAUUUGUGUCAAGAAUUCAAUAACUUUGAACAGGAAAGAUGACAUGCCAUAAAAGAUCUGGCAGAUUGGUAACACCAGUAUGUUUCAGAUAAAUUCUGAUUAUCAAGUUUACCGGUACUACUACUUCUAAAAUUUGGAACCUUCCUUGAAAGUUGCAACUGCUUAUCAGUAUCGUAACGCUUUGUGUUGUAAGAAGCAUAUGCCGUGAAAUUGGCAUUGGUCUUGCUGCAUUUCCUGUUAUUUAUAAUGAUCUCUGACAACAUUUUCAUUGUUUCAUAUGAAACUUUAAUAUCCUGUAUCGUGUACUUGUUUUAUAUGAUAGUUUGUAUAAAAAACUGCAAAUAACACCAGCAGUGUACGUGGCAUUAUUACGUUGGCAGUUACAUGGCAGCAGCGUGGCAAUUAUAGCUGACAUGUGAGGGUCUCUGCAUGUUCCCACCAACAGUAUGUACUCAUAUUGUAACCUCUGCAAACUGCUAUCGGGACCCUGUCAUGCACCAUGUACAUAUGUCAUAUUAAAGCAGAGGGUUGGCACAGUGCUGCACGUUAAAGUUUUUUGAGUAAGCGUAACAUGGUUAGCCGUUGGUUAGUCAUGUCUAUAUGUGCAAAUAAACAUCGGAUAACUUGCUCAGGGAAAGCAGUUUUCUACACUGGUCGACCAUGUUGCAGGGGAGUUCUUUUCUUUUUCUUUUGUUCAUUGUGGUUGUUGGUACAACAGAUCAUUACAUCGACACCCUGUUUAACGUGAUACAUUGCCUAUUACCUAGUCCUCUGAGCAUUGAAGUACAUGCAUGGACCAUGAACUACUCAAUACAGUUUUAAAACGUUCAUUACUUGUUAUACUUUUGUACAUGUUACACAUGUCCUACAUUGAAAUGUCAUGCUCUUCAGUUUUAAACAUUGCUUUUAGCGAGUUCCAAGUUUAGAAAACUCACCGCUCGUAGAGUAAAAAAUAAUUGGUGUCUUUCGCCUUGCAUGCCAAUAUGCAAUUGAGUUAUUUGAGAAGUUAUUUUUCAUGGCUAUAUUCUGACAUUCAGAAUUGCUUGUCUUUAGAAUAUGCAAAUUACAAAAAUUUCAAACUUUUGAAUUAAGUUGUGGUUUUGAACAGUAUCACUGUUCACAUUGUUUUCUGAACAUUGUGCUGGCCAGAUAUUUUCAAUUCUUUUCAACAUGUGUUUUGUGAAACUACAGUCUCUGUUCGAAAUAUCGGCAGCUCUAGUCUUGAGGCAAUUUCCUUCAAACUUCCCUACCGGUUCGCUGUAUUUCUACCCGUCUGCUAAACAGUAUGAUGCUUUUCUUUGACACCUGUUUUGUUUUUAUAUAAAUUCUGAAUGGGGUGUGACCAAGAUUAUCAACAUGUUUGUUCAUUUUUGCAUUUAGUGGUGUUGAUAACCUGAGAUCUUUGCAUAAACAUGUGCAACAUGA